AUCAUUAAUAUCGGCCCUCAGUGAUUUUAGCCUCGAAGACGCUUGCUGUAACGUAAGUACUCUGAAAGUAGACCUUUGUUAAAAAAAUAUAUAUUAUUUUCGCAAUUAAUAGAUGUAGACAGAGUAGAUUGUGUUCCUAAGUUUGCUGACUGAAUUUAUGCGACUUCAUGAUCAUACAGACUUGUUUCCCCUUUAAAAAGCCGCCGAAAGACUGAAAUACUCCAUUGAAAUUCCUACAUGCAUAUGUACGUACUUCAGUGGACAACUUAGCGGUUACCGAAUCUCUUCAGCUAAGGGACUAGCCAUAUGCUUUUGUUUUGUUCCACUAAAAAUAUUUGUCACAUUUUACCAUUCUGUUUGGUAAAAUAUGAAUUGCAAAUUAAUUACUCGCUGUGAAAAUUACCUAAUAGAGUUUGGUUCUAACAUCAACAGGUCUUCUGCUUCGUGUUUCUUCGACGAGUAGUUUUUACGAAAAAAAUUGUGGUCAGUUAAUCACGGAUAUCGGAAAAUAAUUCUUUUGUUCCACCUAUCACGACUGGCGUGUCGCUCACAGCUCAAGACAUUUCAUUUCACAAUCACAAGUCACGCCAACAGCAACAACUUAUUUAUUAAGCUUUACUCUACAAAGGCUAAGGCUAGUUAGUUUUUCCGGUCACAUUUAAUCGCAAUAAAAAUUAAAUCCUCGCUUUUAGCUUCGUAUUUCCCAUGUUUAAUACUCGCGUUCAUUUUUGUUUACACUCUAGCUGAGGCCUCUUAUCUCUCGUCACAGGUCAGUGAGAAUUUGUUGACGUCAUUCUAAAGGACGGACCAUUAGAAAAGUUAUGGGGGGGAGGGGAAUUUUCGAGCCGCAGGACUUUUUUUUCGUUAUCAAAUUCCUUGUAUGAAUUUUUUUAGGCCAUAGCAUGAAUAUUUUUUAGUAUUAAUUGGCUUGCAUGAUUUUUUUUUCAUUUAAUUUUCCCUUGCCCGAAUAUUUUUUUUGUACGUCGCCCGUCCCCCCGUCCCCCCGUCCCCCCCGAUAAGUUUUCUAAUGGUCCGUCCCUAAACAAAAUUAUCAGCGCCGUUUUAAACUUUACAUUCGUAAGUUGAUUGGUUUAUAUUUGUGCCAGUGAAUGAACCAACGUCAACAGAGCCGCUUCAACCGCGGUUAGUUUAGUUUCGUCUGUGACACAAGCUGUUUUAGUUAAUUUUUGAUCUGAGGUCAUUUUUUUUUCCUUUUGUUUCAACUUCAUUAGCAUGCAUUACCAUACCAAAAGACAAAAGAAAAACAAAAAUUACCUGAGAUAAAAAAUUAACUACAACAGAUAUUUUUUCCCUCGUCAAUAUUUGGUAGGUAAAAAUUAAAAGCGUCUCGUUGACAUGACAUGUAUACGGAUAACCUAGAGAUCAUUUCCUUUCAGUCUUUCUGCCAGUCAUACCUAUACAUAGUUUAUGCCGGCUGAGCGACGUAUUGGCGAUUGGAGUAACAUAUCGUAAUCAGUGGGGACCAUGAGAGAAGUCUUCUAUUUUCACUUCACAUCUUAUGGAACUGCCGGUAUCUGUUUUCGGGAAUUUUAGACAGUUUAGGCUCGAUUACCAGCCGCUGUAAGACCGGACCCGGGAGACGACGGAAAUCGAGCCCAUAGACAGAUUUGAUGGAUAAAAAAAGUAACGAAAAGACGGCACCGGACGGAGGGUUUGGCUGGUGUGUCUGUGCUGCGGCUUGCGUUACACAGUUUAUUUUAGCUGGAGUUGAAAACAGCUUUGGUGUCCUCUUUAUUUACAUACUGGAUGAAUUUGAUGCUGGCAAAGCAGAUUCAGGUACUUCUCUAACUAUAUAACGUAAAAUAACGUAACGUAAGGCAAGGCCGUUGGAUAGGAUGAACUUCUAUAAAUUGCUUUUUAAGGUUAUCACAGGCGCGCGGCGUUCAGACAGUGGAGAGUCAGUUGGAGAGUGGCGCGAAGUAGUCGCCCUAUGUAAGGGGAUCCAAGACAAUCUUGGAUUCUGGGAUUCCAUACCGUGGCUCCGGAUUCCCAGGUAAUGGAUUCCAGUCUUUGUCGGUGCAUCUGGGAUUCUAGAUUCCAUUUGUCAGUGGAAAUCCGGAUUCCUUUAGCUGUGUUCCAGAUUCCAAGGCUUCCGCGAGCAAAAAUUUCUUGUAUUCCAGAAUUCGGAUUUCCUUGCAUGAGGCGAAAGUAGAGCGCGAAGGAAAACAACAGUGGACGAGAAGGAGAGAGAAAAAAAGAGAGAAAUUUCUUGUCCUUUCUCCAUACACACCUCGAUGUUUUUUCCGGUGCACUUUUCUUUAGUUUACGCCGUUCCCGCAAACUGAACCCCUGGAAUAGGCCAUAAAUUCCGCCGUUAUUGGUAACCAGUUCGGAUUCGUAAUCUAAUGUAAUGUUUAUUUCGGUAAGUUGUUUCUGCUGUUUCUGGCGUAUUGUGGGCCACAGUGUAACCCCUCAUUAAAAAGAAUCCGGAUUCUGGAAUCAGGGAAAUUUUUGCUUGUGGAAUCCCUAAUUCCUAGGCUUUGAAAUCGGGAAUACAGCUCAAGAUCCGGUAUCCCACUAACGACUGAAUUCCAGAAUCCAAGUGCCACUGACAAAGAUUGGAAUCCAGUACCUGCAAUCCAGAAUCGAAGACUGCCUUGGAUUCCCAAGGGCGUUACCGGUGUUACCCCUACCAAGUCCUUUUUUUAAGUCAAAACAAGUGCAUCACUGCCCUCACUGAAAUGACUGACAUCGUUUUUUUCCCUUUUUGGCUUUAGCCUGGGUUGGGUCAAUCCACCAAGGUUUCCUUUAUAUUCUGGCUCCGUUUGUUACAAUGGCAGCUGACCUAUGGGGAUGUCGGAUGACCUCACUUGUUGGAGGAAUUCUAUGUGUAGCGGGUCUCGGAGCGUCCUCGUUCGCCACUCGGGUCUAUCAUCUGUUCCUUACUUAUGGAGUGGUUUUUGGAACUGGUGCUUGUUUUGUCUUCAUAACAACAUACAGAGCCAUCUCGUUGUGGUUUAAAAGGUCAGAUAUUAUCUUGUAUUUAAUUAGUUUUAUUACGUUUUUAGCCUGUGUGGCAUAUUCAUACAAUUUAGGUCCUAUUAUUCGGGUAUUUCCUCUCAAGUUAAGUGACAAAAUGACAAAUUCAAAUUCAAAUAACUUUCAAGCCCUUUGACUGCAAACCCUGAAAUGUUUUACGAUGUACGGCUGAGCGUGUGUGUGUUAGAAAUUGUCAUUUAUUUAAAUUUUAUCUUAAGGGUCUUUCACAUAUUCAGAAAUUUUGCAAGGAAAAGAAUUUAAAAAUUUGCGCCUUAUUGUACAAAUCUUAUUUAAGCUGUAUUCGAAAAACCGCGAAAGUAGGUCAGGGCAAACAUCUUACGUGUCAGAUCUUUUAAAUGAUCUGAUUGGGCGGUCCAUAAACACUGCUAAUAAUAGACUCUAUUGCAAGUUAGUAGUCUUUAUGACUCACUGAGAGUGGUUUUGCAAACGGCUACUACGUAUUCCCCAGGGCUUCGCAUUUGCAGUUUGCCGUCGGUAACAAAAGAGUAUAAAGGGGCUAGCCCUUUUAUCACUUGGUAAUCAUAGUGCGUACGCUUUGCUUGCCGUAUUACCCAAAUGGACUGGAAACUCAGCACUCCAUGUCAUCCUGCAAAUUUGAACAUUUAUCUUUACAGUGUUUGGUCCCACACCGUGGACUCCGGAUUCCAGUUAUUGGAUUCCGGCAGGUUAUGGACUCCUGAUUGUGGAUUAUUUGUUAGUGGAACUUGGAUUUCGGAUUGCAAUUGUUACUGAUUCCAAAACCAAGCCAAAAAGCAAAAGCAAAACUUUACUGGAUUCCAGAAUCCGGAUUCCCUCGCAUGAGGCGAAGUUUCGUCGACAGUUGGCUUUCCUAUUUCAUAUCAUAUUCCGCUCGCGCGAAAUUAAAAAAUAUAUUAAUCGAAGCGUACUGUCCUUAAUGUAGCCGGCAACGAUAAAUUUAAAUCAGCUUUUGCUCAUUUUUUGAUGAAUGUGAAAGCCAGACCUGAAAAAUGGCGCGAAAAAUUGAUUACAAGAUCAUCAUCCACGUCUUUCUGCCAUUUGCUGUAAACCCCGGGGCGGGGGGGCACUUUAGGAAUUUCUGGGUGGGGAUGUGCCGCUGGGAGCCUGGAACCCUUAACCUUUACCAGAGCUAGUUCAGCUGAAUUUUGCUACCCUAUACUAGAGUAAACUCCCCAAUUCCCCCUAUCCUAGAGUAGCCGUGUACCUAGUCUAGAUAAAAUCUUCAACCAACUGAUCAGUUUCCUGAAAAAUGAUACCCUAUUCUAGAGCCAAACGCUCUGAUUUAUAUACCCUAUCCUAGAGUAAACUGCUUGAAAACCAUACCCUUCACAGCGGCACAUACCUAUAUAGCCCAUAUAUGGUAGUACCCCCGGGCUGUAAACGCAGUGCUUUCAACAAUCUCCCUAGCUAAUGCUACAUCACUGAUCUAUUGUAGACAUUUGGCACUCGUCAAUGGCAUAUGCACCGCUGGUCAGUAUUCAGGUACUAUUGUGUUUAGUCAAGUCAUCCAACUUGUGGUUGAGCAGAAAGGUUUAUCCGGGACUUUCCGAAUUUUGGCGGGAAUUGCCAGUGUUAUGGUGUUUAUUGCGUUAGUAUACCGCCAGCCACCUGAUACCCCCGGAGGAACUUCUCCAGAAAAAUUGUGCGUAAAGCCGAAAGAUAUCUUUGACUUUUCACUUCUGAAAGACAAAUCGUUUUUUAUCUUUUUACUGGGAACAAGUUUGUACGCCUUUGGUUGUUAUGUUCCUGCAACUCACGCGGUAAGUCAGUCUGUUUUUUUUUUCUUUGCGAAUGGUCUCCUUAAUGCAUGGAGGCGGUCCGUCUUUGUGACGUCAAAUCGUGAGAGUUAGAAUAUGGCUGAGAGCGGAAGGAAAAUUGCCAAACUAAAAAAAAUGCUUGGAAAUAAAUACCAAGAAGCAAGCAAGGAAAGAUUCGCAUUAAAUUGAAACGCUCCGACGCCGUGUUUAAUUUCUUUCAGUGCGUCAAGCACAUAGCAUCCUUGCACAGUGUAAAGUUUAGGAAAUUAGCGUUAAUUCUUACCCAAAUAUAUUGCUAUGAGAUAUGUGCUUCCUAAGGGAAGGCGCUCAUUCGAGAGACACUAGAGACCUUUAGAUUCGAGGAUGAGAACGACUACGAGUACGAGAUUUGUUUCGGAGUUCUUAAGCUUCAUUUUACGACUUUUUUUACACCAGAAAAGUUAGCACUAAUAUCUUUAUUGAAGGAGGUUAAGCCCUCUCUUGAAGGCAAAAUAAUAAAACUUCUAACAUUUGAUAACUUGUUUCUGACACCCCUCUGUAACAGACCCAGUGGAAUUAGAAUCUAUUUCAUUACCGAGUUCUCGGAGAAGAUGUCAGCGGGUUGGCUUCCUCUCCACUGCGUUUUUUCUUUGUUGUGUAUCUCCCAUAAAAGCUAAAAGGAGAGGCAGGCCUGACAUCUUAACCGAAAUGAAACCUCUUAAAACCUUUUAAGUACUGCUAUAGCGAGAAGAACUAGAAGAACAACUCUUUUUAAUGCGAGAUCGAUUACCUGUACCCUCCAAUUUUUUUUUUGGUCAAUAGCAAUAAUGUUUUUUGUUUUUGUUAUGAAAACUAUUCGCCAGGUACCUGAAAAGCUCAAAUUAUUACUGGGUAUACUAAAUUAAACCAACAGGAAGGGUUUCACUGGGUCUUUUACAGAGGGGUGUUUUCUGCUACUACGGCGAUAUUCUCGCUAAAACCAUAAAUUCUAUAACUCGUAGUAAAAUGACGAUGACUUUCGCUUUUUCCCGCCAAAAUAACGCUGGUUCAUGCGCGCCCACUACUUAGUAUUGAGAAAAUCUCAUUCUCACCUAGUGGUCUUCCUCUUUGCAAAUCUAUUUAAAGGUCUCACAGACAUAAUUGCACUACCUUCAAACGGGCGUUUUUUUCAUUAAAUAAAUUCUGAAUAUAUUUUUUUCUCAUGUCCAUCCGGGUUUUAGCCUGCCUUUUCCAGAGAAACGGGAGUAUCGAAAGACAAAGCACCGUUCUUGCUCAUAGCCUGGUCAAUAUCCUCCUUUUUCCUCUCUCUUGUUACUGGUAAGCUUGCCGAUAAGUUCCGAUCCCAUCGUGUGCAGAUAUUCCAAGUCGCCAUGAUCGGUGUUGCAAGUUCAACUGCUCUAAUCUCUGGGGCUUGGCUUUUUGAGAUUUUCGUUGCGCUUAUGGUACUGUACGGUGCCUUUGAUAGUGGAUUUGUGUUGCUUAGGGCAGUGGUUGCUGAAGACCUUGUUGGUAGUGACAAGGCCUCUCGAGGAGUUGGACUGAUGUUUGGUGCUCUUGGUUUUGCGUAUUUAGCAGGGAUUCCGUUGGCUGGUGAGUAAUGAACAUUUACCACACUUUGUAACUAUAAACUAACAAACCCAGGGGCGGAUCCAGGAUUUUUCUCAGGAGGGGGUGCACCACUAAGGGAUGGCGUAACUGAUCGAUGACGUAAACAAAUUUUAAAAGCGAAUAUGAAGAAGGCUUUUGACUAGGUAAUAACAUAAUGUGAGCUGCUGAGAAUACAUAUCAAACGAUACAGCAAAUUUUGUAUUAGCUGUGAAGCGACUGCACAGUGUUAAUUAGAAAGCCGCAGGUCAUCUCAGGGGGGGGUGCGCACCCCCUGCACCCUCCCCCUAGAUCCGUCCCUGAAACCUUUUCCAUGAGACAUUCCGAGAGUGGCAAUAGUAACUGGAAAAAAAGGAACGCAGGUGUUACAUAACGGUUGUUUACCAUUUACAUGGGCAAACCGGUCGGUUCACGGUUUGGGCAAAUGGUACGCAAGUCUUGUAAAUAUCUACUUUUUGAAGAGUAUCUGUAAGGAAAAACAUCUAUUUAUAUCCUGAAACUGUACCGAGAAAUAGGCCAAAGUUUUAAAGAAAGUCUACGAAACAGUUAGACUACGAGUAGUCCCCCAUUUUUCCUCAGGGAUAGUAGAGCGAGCGAAAAGCGAGCGGGCGUGAAAAUCACCCCACGCGAGAAAAGGCGACACGCGGCAUGUCGCCUUUUCUCGCGUGGGGUGAUUUUCAGGCCCGCUCGCGUUUCGCUCGCUCUACUACCCCUGAGGAAAAAUGGGGGACUACUCGUAGUCUACGAAAAAGUAAGCUUAUUAAGAACUUAGAUUGAAAUAUUUGGAAUGAAUAACAAAACAAUUAUUGAAUUCGGCAUUCGCAGAUUUCAGAGGAUGUUAUCCACCUCGGCCUCUCAGCCUCGGAAGAUAACAUCCCCGUCGAUCUGCAAAAUUCUUCACAUCCUACUCAGCCUCAUUCAUUAAUGGCUAAAAAUGCGUUCCUUCCUUUCCUUUUUGCGAUGUGAAAUGAAAUGAUAACAUUACUGUUUUCCUACCGUAGGUUGGAUAUUUGACACCACCCAGUCAUAUCCUUUGAGUUUCACUGUCGCUUCCCUGUUAAGUGCGACCGGCUGCUGUCUUCUCUUUCUUAUCCAACUUGUUCAAAAAGUGGAAAAAAGUUCGGGAUGUACCAACAAGAAUACGGGAUAUAGGCUCAGUCUUGAGCAACAAGAAAAACAAGAAACGGCGUUAUGACGUCUCUGGUGUGUCUUUUUCCAGACGUAGUUAAUCGAUAAUCGGUAAUAAUCGAUA